AUGAUCUCAACCAUGGAGCUGCAGAAUCAAAAGCACAUGCUCAACGACGCCUGGGAUCGGCAGGUCCAGCUGGAACAGAAGUUUGACAUCAUCACCCACCAGCCCAAGAGAGGACAUAUCCAUGAAGUGGUCGCAAACCACACCGACUACAACAUCAUCUCCACACUCAAAUACGCCGACCAUCACUGGGCACCUCCCGCUCUCCGGCCUCCUCGUAUCCCUUCGCCUCCUCGGAAGCAACCCUUCCUGACCAACGUGAACCGACCGAGAGAGUUCGAUAUCAUCAGCAACACGUACAAGGAGCAUCACGGAGAGAGGAUGAGGUUCGAGGCGGACAAGGAACGACAGGAUGUCAUGAAGAGGUUCUGGAAAGGGCGCGAGUUUGAUGCGAUCAAAGUGAGGUACACCGAUGAAGAAAAGGAAGAGGCUUUCCAGUCCACCAUGAAGGAGAACUUGCUGCGGAGGGGGAAGGAUUGGAUCAAGAAAUUGCCUCCGACCUAUCAGCAAAGUGAAUCCACGAUGUUUAACAUCACGUCGCAUCUAGUCAAAGAUGAAGACCGUCUCAACGCGCUGAAGGCACAUGAAGCCGCUCAGAGUGAGAUGAAAGCGAAGUUGAUAACAGAGCGAGAGGAAGAUAAUCGGGCAUACCAAUACAAGAUGAGCGACCUGGAGAUGACGCGCAAGUUGAAUCGAAUCUCUCACCAGCGAUAUAAAGACGUCACGGACAGAGGAUUCCACAUCCUCAGCAACGACGACUUCGACAUCUGCGGGCUGCCCCCAGCUCCCUACACCCGACCCGCCAUGUCCCUCAACGACCUUGUCAAACACGCCCAGCUGGCGGACAAGCCGCAAACUGGUCAAACUCUUCAAAACGGCGGCGAGCUCGGCCCCAGCAGUCUCGAGGAUGGCGACUAG